CCCUUUAAUGUACCUAGGAGCGCACCGGCGGGAGUGCGAUUAGAUUGGCUGGAAAGAGGGCGGUGUCGGCAUACGCCUCCUGGCUGGUGUUUGCGCUUGCGCAGUAGAGGCCCAGCGAUGUGGUUUUUGCGCUUUUGGGGUCGAAAUACAGCCGCCCUCGCUAAGUUGUAGGUUCGGUACAUGUUGGAGACAGGCCGACCAAUCAGUUCUUGUUCCUGUUGGGCAUUUUCCCUGCUGUAUCAUGUUGAGGGCUAAGAGUCGGCUUUUUUUACUUUCGCCCUAUCACCCAAAGCAGCUGAAAGAAUCACCAGGCCCCAAAAUCCUAUGGCAACGACUUCUACACCAGCAACAACCCCUUCACCCAGAAUGGGCUGCCCUGGCCAAAAAGCAGCUAAAAGGCAAAAACCCAGAAGACCUAAUAUGGCGCACCCCAGAAGGGAUAUCCAUCAAGCCCUUGUAUUCCAGUAGGGAUACUAAGGACUUUCCUGAGGAACUUCCAGGAGUGAAGCCAUUCACACGUGGACCAUAUCCGACCAUGUAUACCUUUAGGCCCUGGACCAUCCGCCAGUAUGCUGGCUUUAGUACUGUGGAAGAAAGCAAUAAGUUCUAUAAGGAUAAUAUUAAGGCUGGCCAACAGGGAUUAUCAGUUGCCUUUGAUCUGGCAACCCAUCGAGGCUAUGAUUCAGACAACCCCCGAGUCCGUGGUGAUGUUGGAAUGGCUGGAGUUGCUAUUGACACUGUGGAAGAUACCAAAAUUCUUUUUGAUGGAAUUCCUUUAGAAAAAAUGUCAGUUUCCAUGACUAUGAAUGGAGCAGUUAUUCCAGUUCUUGCAAAUUUUAUAGUAACUGGAGAAGAGCAAGGUGUACCUAAAGACAAACUUACUGGUACAAUUCAAAAUGAUAUACUUAAGGAGUUCAUGGUCAGAAAUACUUAUAUUUUUCCUCCAGAACCAUCUAUGAAAAUUAUUGCUGACAUCUUUCAAUACACAGCAAAGCACAUGCCAAAAUUUAAUUCAAUUUCAAUUAGUGGCUACCAUAUGCAGGAAGCAGGGGCUGAUGCCAUUCUGGAACUGGCCUAUACUGUUGCAGAUGGCUUGGAGUACUGUAGAACUGGACUACAAGCUGGCCUGACGAUUGAUGAAUUUGCACCAAGGUUGUCUUUCUUCUGGGGAAUUGGAAUGAACUUUUACAUGGAAAUAGCAAAGAUGAGAGCUGGGAGAAGACUCUGGGCUCACUUAAUAGAGCAAAUGUUUCAGCCUAAAAACUCUAAAUCUCUUCUUCUAAGAGCACAUUGUCAGACAUCAGGAUGGUCACUUACUGAGCAGGAUCCUUACAAUAAUAUCAUUCGAACUACAAUAGAAGCAAUGGCAGCAGUGUUUGGAGGAACUCAGUCUUUGCACACAAAUUCUUUUGAUGAAGCCUUGGGCUUGCCAACUGUGAAAAGUGCUCGAAUCGCCAGGAACACCCAAAUCAUCAUUCAAGAUGAAUCUGGGAUUCCCAAAGUGGCUGAUCCUUGGGGAGGUUCAUAUAUGAUGGAAUGUCUCACGAACGAUGUUUAUAAUGCUGCCUUGAAGCUCAUUAACGAAAUUGAAGAAAUGGGUGGAAUGGCCAAAGCUGUAGCUGAGGGAAUACCUAAACUAAGAAUUGAAGAAUGUGCUGCUCGAAGGCAAGCUAGAAUAGAUUCUGGUUCUGAAGUAAUUGUUGGAGUAAAUAAGUACCAGUUGGAAAAAGAAGACUCUGUGGAAGUUUUGGCGAUUGAUAAUACUUCAGUGCGUAGCAAGCAGAUUGAAAAACUUAAGAAGAUCAAAUCCAGCAGGGAUCAAGCUUUGGCUGACCGGUGUCUAGCUGCACUAACUGAGUGUGCUGCCAGUGGGGAUGGAAAUAUCCUAGCUCUUGCUGUGGAUGCAGCCCGUGCAAGAUGCACAGUUGGAGAAAUCACAGAUGCCAUGAAAAAGGUAUUUGGCGAACAUAGAGCUCAUGAUCGGAUGGUGAGUGGAGCGUAUCGCCAGGAGUUUGGAGAAAGCAAAGAGAUAACAUUUGCUAUCACGAGGGUUCACAAUUUCAUGGAACGGGAAGGUCGCAGACCUCGCCUUCUUGUGGCAAAAAUGGGACAAGAUGGCCAUGACAGAGGAGCAAAAGUUAUUGCUACAGGAUUUGCUGAUCUUGGUUUUGAUGUGGACAUAGGUCCUCUUUUUCAGACUCCCCGUGAAGUGGCGCAGCAGGCUGUGGAUGCAGACGUGCAUGCUGUGGGUGUGAGCACACUAGCUGCUGGUCAUAAAACCCUAGUUCCUGAGCUCAUCAAAGAGCUUAGCUCCCUUGGACGGCCAGAUAUUCUCGUCAUGUGUGGAGGAGUGAUACCACCGCAGGAUUAUGAAUUUCUGUUUGAAGUUGGUGUUUCCAAUGUAUUUGGUCCUGGGACUCGAAUUCCAAAGGCUGCUAUUCAAGUGCUUGACAAUAUUGAGAAGUGUUUGGAAAAGAAGCAGCAAUCUAUAUAACAUUCUGGUUUUCUUUUUCUUCAAAUAUUCUUUUCAUUCUGACCAGUGAAGAGGGAACAGCCAUGUCUUCAAUUUAAUUCAACACCUGAUAUGUACUUUUCUUGAAAGCUUUACAUUAAAAUACCUUACUUAUAAGAAUGUUGUCAUGCUAUAAGUAUGUAUGUACAAUUUUACUUUUAAAAUUUAAAAAAAUCAUUAAAAAUCCUCUAUAAUAUAUAUUCAAUACUUUAUCAAAAACCCUAGAAGCUAUUUGUGAUAUUUAUGAGAAAUAUUUAUUAUAAAUCCAUUUAAUUUCUGUUUUAAGAAUUAAACUUUACUUAAGAAAAGCUAACUAGCUCCAUCUUCAAUUCAGUAUAACAUAGACUUGACCACUAGAAAACAGAAUCUAUAUAUGAAUGGAAUAAUAACACCCGUCAAGGAAAAAAGAGUGGUAGAAUAUUUAUGUGGGGAAUAGAAUUGUGGUUGUGCUCCACAGCCAAACUACCUGGAUCACCUAGAUGAGAGUAUUAAAUCAGACCCAGAAGGUUGGAACACAGGGGAAGGGCAGAACGUUUUUGGAUCUGACUUUACUUUCUUCCUGAGCAGGCUCAUGCUAUGCUUGAUUCAAGACUAGGGGAGUGUAUGUUUAUGAACAUUCUCUUAAGUGAAAGUACUUAGAUUGUUAGUAUUGCUUUGUCCAGAAUAUGAUGUAUGCUGUGAUUGUAGAAGAAUUAUGAUAUAGCAAAAAUUGAACUCUCCAGAUCCAGAAAGAUGCUACCUUGCAUAGACAGAGUGACUAGUAGUUGUAUGCUUCUGUCAGGGACUUUGAGGAUCAAGGGAAGUUACAAUAUAUGAAGUCCUAGAUAGCCACCUGGGUUAUAAGCUUCUGCAUUUUUUUUUUUCUAUUAGUUAUUUUUCUGGGAACUUAAUCUAGCCUGUAGUGGGAGUAGAUGGUCUUUCUCCCACAUCUCCUUUUAAUCAUAAACAUUGUAAUUUUCAAUGAAGAUGAGAGUUAUGUUUAUUAAAUUUCGGAAAAGUAUUUCCUUUUGUAGGAAGGGGCAAGUAACAUGAAAACCAAAUACAUGCAUUACUGUACUAUAUUAUAUGUUAACGGAGGAAUUUCUUCACACAGCACCGAAUUAAGUACAGGGUAAUGAAAUAGUUGAAGUAAAUACUCUGUUUUUUUAAUGAGAAAUGGUAUUUAGAGACCAUAACUUGUACAGUAGUAAUAUUUAUUGCUACUGAGUUGCUAUUGCUUCUAGGCCUUUUCAGUGGAUGGAGCUAGGGAAUACCUUUAAAACAAUUAAAAUUUAAGAUUAUAAGCUUUUUGCUCAACCACUUUGGUGUUAUAUUUAGCAUAUUUCUCUUAUGCUGAACUCCUCGUUCAUAAAGACAUUAAUGUAAUUAAUGGUUUGCUUUAUACCACAAUAUACCUAUAGUUUCAAGAUAAUGCCAAUAUUACAAUUUAUAUUAGUGAACACACUUUGAAACUUCUAUGCAGUUCUUUUUGUCUUUAUAAAUGUCUUACUAGGGAUGUGUAGUCAAAAUACUGCAUAUUUUAAGACUUGUGAAAUUUCUCAAUGUAGUUAUACAAUCAACUUGAUAAACAGGUUUAUGUGUUUCAAGGUAUUUUUCAUUAUUUAGGUAUUCCUUUUUUUUUUCUUUAAAUUUGAUUUUUUUUUAAUAGCAUAAGGCAUUUAUUUGGUUCCUAAGCCAAAACUUUAUAAGUUACAUUCAGAAAAGUCACGCUUGCAUUCUUUGCUGCCCCAGUUUGUACCCUCCCUUCUCGUAGCUAAACAUUUUUUUAUUAGUUUUUUUUGUUUAUUAUUUAUUUUUUCAAAAUAUGAAUACAACAUUUCCCCCUUUGUUACAAAAAAGGUAUACUAAAAACAGUAUACUAUACUGUACUUUUUUCACAUAAUCAUGUUGAAAAUCAUACCAUAUCAAACUAUAAAGAUAUUUCUCAUUCCUUCCAUUUUACAGGUAUGUAUGUGCUUCCCAGACUGAACAUUUGAAUUGUUUCAUAAUGAUCUUUUUUAAAAAACCUAUUUUUAUGUAUUAUUCCUUUUUCCGUGUGCUGGAUUCUUUGAGGAAUUUCAUUGUCCUAGAUACCACUCCCCAACAUCCCAUGUUUAUUCUUGGAUUAUACAUUUUCUUCUUUCUUUAAAAAAAAAAAAAAAAAAAUUACAAACCCUUAAAUCUAGAAAUGAGCUUAGGUGCCCCUGAUCUCACAAAAGUAUACAUUCAAAUUUACCUGAAUUCUCUAAUAUAUGUCAUCGUUCCACUUUUUUCAACUUUUGGUUUAUAUACUUUGCCCUCACUAAUCUACUGAAACAGUAUGAGGAGCCAUGCAGAUGUCUAAACUGGGAAUCAGGAAAUCUUAAUUUUAGACCUGAUUGUCACUAACUAGCUCUAGGACCAUUAAAAAUAAAUAAUUAAUAAAAAUCUCAACUAAAUUUGAAAAUUGUUAUAUAUGAGUUACCAAAAAUAUCUACUCUUUCUCAUCACUCUUCCUUGAGGAUAAAUGAGUUUUUGUGGAAAUGCUUUGAAAAUAUACCAAUUACUAUUUACAUGUAAAGUAUUACCCUUAUGAUUAUUACUUCUUGCUGGGAAAAUAAAUGGUUGUUUCUUAUUUUUAUUUUGACCUCUAGUGCUUUGACCAAAUUAAUUACUUCAUCUCUCUUUUGAAACACCUUGGCUUCCUGGAGACUGAGCUUACUAGGUUUAUAUCCCAAAAUUGGAAUGGAUUUAUACCUGGGUCUCAUGUUUAAUCAAAAUAGAUUAUUAAUCUGUCUUUUAUGUAUGCUCUGGAUUCUGUCUCCAAUAGGAUUUUUCACCCUUCUGAUAUAAAAGCAUUUUUUAUCUAUAUUUUGAAUAGACCACUAAAUAAUAAACAUUGGUGAUACUUCUCUACCAUAUACUUCAAAAAAAAAAGACUUUUCUUAAGAUUAUUACUUAGAGCUAUUGUGGGUAAAGAAUUUAACUUUACUCAAAUUAAUUUGGUUUUUGUCCUUGGUUCCUGAGAGAUAACUCUAAACUUUUGGAAUUUCCUGAGUAAGUGAGGUGCCUUUGGUGCCUUUGUUAUCUAUGGAAACCAUGGUGGCCUAGUGGUUGGCACUUCAAAUCCACCAGGUGCCCCUUGGAAACUCUAUGGGGUAGUUCUACUCUGUCUUAUAGGGCCACUGUGAGUCAGAAUCGACUUGAUGGCAAUGGGUUGUUAUCUGUAGGUCUUCAGAACAGACCUGACAGAUUGUGCUAAUGAGGUGAAUCAGGUGAGGGCUGGCCAGGCUAGAAAGACCACCUCUUGAUAUCAGUCAGCCUCAGGAGAAGCGGGCUGAUUCUAUCAAUCAUGACUACAUAAUGAGGCUCCAAAAGAGGCUCUGCACACAGAAGCACCAUGAGCUUCCUGGUUGGUGAAAGACAUUCAUACAUGUGGGAGGUUAGCAUUUCCCUUUUUGGGACAUGGAAGCUCUGUGUUGGGAACCCUCCCAGCCUUUGCCCAAUGUGUCUCUACAUUUGUGUCCUUUUUGCUGUAAUACAACCGUAAUUAUAAAUAUUUUGUUUUCUCUGAGUUUUGUGAGUCAUUCUAGUGAGUUAUCAAACGUGGGGGAGUAAUGGAAGUCAGCAGGUCAGAAGUGAGGGAGGCUAGGAACCCUUGAGCUUAUGGCUGAUAUCCUGAAGGGGUCAUAGGAAAACCCUGAAUUUACAGCCAUCAGGUCAGAAGUGAGAGUGUUGUGUGAACUCCCAGUUUUGCAGCUGACAUCUGAAGUCUUCGACCUACUGGGUAGUCUGGAAGGCUGUGUCCUCUAAUAUGUGAGCUCUGGCCUAACUCUGGUUGUGGUUAGUGUCAGAGGAAGGAAGUGCUACAUAGGCAGCUGGUGUCAGAUCCAGCAGCAAAUAGAGGGUGAGGGGGUGCAUAGAGAGUAAAGCUAAAACAAUAUUGGGAGGAGAAAGGGAGAAAAGAUGGGGUGGCUGGGUAAGUGAGCUAACCCUCAUUUGACAUAGCCAUAAACCAGUAGACAAUAGCUAAUGUUGAUAAAGGGGAGAGGGAGGUAGUAUAAGCAUGGAGGAUGUUACAAGAAGAACUAAAACCGUCUCAUGGUGUCUAUGAAUAGUUUUUAUCAGUGCUGACACCAUUUACGUAUAGUUAAUUUUCCCAAGACUUGUCUAAUGAAUUCUAAAAUUUGAGAAUUAUUUGUAUUAUUUGUAUUAUUUUGACCAUAUAAAUGAAAGCAGAACCAAGUAUGUGCUAGAGUUACAGGCUGUGCUACCCAAAAAUAACAUUCAUAGGAGUGACAUUCAAAUAGGUUCACUUUUUAUGUAUGCACUGAUUGCUUUAGCAUAUUUUCAUUAUUUUAUCCCUAGGUCUCAGUCAUUCUCUCCAUUCUGCCAACUUAUUUUAUUUCUUAGAGACCUCCUUUUAAGAGCUUUCUACCUUUGCUGUACAGGUAGUCCCCCAUUUAUGAUAUAUUCAAGUUAUGACAAACUGCACUUAG